AAACGGGCACUUCCGUCUUUUGUCGCCUCGAGCUGCAGCACAUCGAGCGGUCUGGUGCACGGCCCACCUGCAUGUGAGGGGAGGUGUGAGGUGACAUAAGUUCCUGGCUAUGCUCAGUAGUAAAAAAAAAUAAUCUAUUUAUAGGCUUCUUAUCGCCGAGCAAACAGAGUGCAACUGCCUUGCUACCCAACCUAGUGCGAUGAGGAGAGGAGGGGACUUUCAUUUUCUCAUAAGAGGCGAGGAAGUGAUUUGGCCACUUGCGCACUGAGGAGUUCAACAGCGGAGGGUUUUUUUUUUUUGUUUUUUUUUUUAGGGGGAGCUGAUGGAGUUUUCUGAGCACAUCAAGACCGCCAAUGUGGAGGAGGUGGUGCUCCGGCAGCCGCUGCACCCGCCGAGCAGAGGCACCCUGUGCAUCACCGGACACCACCUGCUCUUCUCGGACAGGGAGGAGGGCAGCUGUCGGCAGGUUCUGCUGCUCCUCAGGAACAUCGAUGCCGUGGAGAAAAGUGUGGAAAACCUUUUGGCCCAUUCCGGCCCCUUCUCUAAUGAAGGCUGCAGUCAAAGGAUAUCAGGAUCCUCAGGGACCAUUACAAUCAAGUGUAAAGAUCUGCAAGUGCUCCAGCUUGACAUUCCCGGCAUGGAGCAAUGUCUCAACAUUGCUCGCUCCAUCGAGAUCCUGUCCUGUCUGGACGGUGUGUCGGAGAUGUAUCCUUUCUUCUACAGACCUUCUGAUGUCAGCCUGAAGGACCAGUGGGGCCUCUCGUCCCCUGAGAAGCACUACUGUCAAAUGAAGGAACUUCAUGAUAGGUGGAGACUGAGCACUGUGAACAGAGACCACUUAGUGUGUCCCUCUUACCCUCCAGCUGUCAUCGUCCCCAAGACCACCGAUGAUGACACGCUGGAGAAGGCGGCCAAGUUCAGACAGGGGGGACGCUUCCCUGUCCUCUGCUACUACCACAGGAAGAACGGCAUGGUUAUCAUGCGCAGCAGUCAGCCGCUGACGGGAGCCAAUAGGAAGCGCUGCAGGGAGGACGAGCAACUCCUCCAGGCUGUGAUCGACGGCUCGGACAAAGGCUUCAUCAUUGACACGCGCUCCAGUCAGCAGGCCUUGCAGGCCCGGCUAACAGGCGGAGGGUUUGAGUCCAAAUCGAGUUACAGCAGCUGGAAGAGACUUCACAGGCAGAUGGAGAGGGGUAAAUCACUGCAGGAGAGUUUCAUUAAGCUGGUGGAGGCCUGCGGGGACGGGUCCAACAAUAUGGACCGUUGGCUCAGUAAGCUUGAGAAUUCAAAGUGGCUGUCUCACGUCCAAACUGCCCUGUCAACAGCUGGUCUGCUGGCGGAGUGUGUGGAGAGGGACGGUCAUUCAGUUCUGGUUCACGGCUCUGAAGGGACGGACUCCACUUUGCUCAUCAGCACUCUGGCUCAGCUCAUCAUGGAUCCUUGUUGCCGCACACUGGAGGGCUUCCUGGAUCUGCUGGAGAGAGAGUGGGUACAGGCAGGACACCCAUUCAGGCAGCGGUGUGCACACUCAGCCUUCUCCCACACCCGUCUCCAGCAGGAAUCCCCGGUCUUCCUGCUGCUGCUGGACUGUGUGUGGCAGAUGUGGCGUCAGUUCCCCCUGGCACUGGGCUUCUCUGAGGCGCUGCUCCUGAGGCUGGCGAUGGAGGCCUAUGCGUCAGACUACGGCACCUUCCUGUGUAACAGCCAUCAGGAGAGGUGUGCUCUGAGAGUGAAGGAGAACACUCACUGUUUGUUCCGGGCCCUGUUGAGGCCCAGGGAGAGGGACUGCUACUCUAACCCCCUGUAUGAGCCCACCGAGCUAGCGAUCUGGCCCUCAGUCCACCCUCAGUCCCUACAGCUUUGGAGAGGGUUUUUUCUGAGGUGGACUCCACAGGCUCAUCACCUUGAAGAGGUUCAGGAGGAGAUAAGGAACAUGGUCACUGAGUGGGCCAAGCUGGCGCUCAGCUGAUGCCCUGUCAGUACAUGAAGAAGUGAAGAUAGUCAGCCUUAACAUUUUAAAUCUUAAAAUAAUAUUAUUUCAGAAUGUGUGACAGCUACUUUUUUGUACUACUAAAUGUAC